UGUCUUACACAAGUGGGCGUGUGUAUAUAACAGCGGCGCGUUUGUGCGGUUGUGUAAAGUGUGAAAAACAGCUGAAGGAGCAAGAGCGAAUUUCACACCUAAAGGCAAAAAAUAAACACUAAGAAAAUGUCAUCCGUAAAUUUGACCAGCCUAGGAGCCAACCAACUAAAAAACACCACGUCUGGAGAGAUGGUGGAGGUUGGCUCUCUGUGGCGGGAGCAGACAGUCAUUCUCUUCUUCUUGCGGAGGUUUGGUUGUCAGGUGUGCCGGUGGAUGGCAGCGGAGGUCAGUAAACUGGAGAAAGACCUGAAAGCAAAUGGCAUCGCUCUGAUUGGCAUCGGACCUGAAGAGACGGGAGUGAAGGAGUUCAAGGAUGGGGGAUUCUUCAAGGGCGACAUCUACAUUGACGAGAAGAAACAGUGUUACAAAGAUUUAGGCUUUAAAAGGUACAAUGCCAUUAAUGUGGUUCCAGCUGCCAUGGGAAAGAAAGUACGAGAAAUUGCCUCUAAGGCAAGUGCAGAAGGAAUUCAAGGAAACUUUAGUGGAGAUCUUCUGCAGAGUGGAGGCAUGCUCAUCAUCGCAAAAGGUGGAGAAAAGGUUUUGCUGCAUUUUGUCCAGAAAACGCCUGCAGACAACGCAUCUCUUGAGGACAUCACCAAAGCUCUCGGGAUCUCUGCCAACGUCCAGGCUGGAGAAAAGCCACAGUGCAAUGAAGAUGUUUGCACAAGAUAGAGGACUCGGUGUUCUUCAGGGAUGAACGGACUGUGUGAUUCCUGGUUAUCCAGUGUUAUAUUCCCCCUAAUCUGACUCAAAUCAUCUUUUACAUGUAUGUGACACUUUGCUUUAAAUGCCAAAAUAUACACUGUAAAAAAAAAAAAAAAAAGAAUCGUUGGUUUAACUUAAAAAAAACGAAGUUACCUUGUUGCCUUAAAAUUUUGAGUUUAUUGAAAUAAAAUAUUUGAGUUAAUGCAAUGAAGGCGAUUGGUUUAAUCAACAGAAACUCAAAAUAUUAUGUUGUUAUCUGAACCACAUUAAUUAUUGAAGUUGAUUUGACAAAAAAAAAUAAUGUUGUAAAAACAAAUCAUGAAAAUAAUUUUUACAGUGUAAUGCACUGAUCAUACAAUUACAAUAAGCAUUUUUCUAUGCAUUGUUGUUUCUUUUGUUGAUGAGUAAUUAAACUCUCACAGUAGUCAUGUGAAUAAACACUAAUACUGCUUUGAUCCUCAAUUUUUUCAACCGUUAAAAUAAAUGAUUACAAGUGUGUUUUGUCAUAAGCUUUGCAUAGAGCUAAAAGGUACUCCUUUUAAUGAGAUUAUUUUAUAAAUCUGCAUUUAUUGAUUUUGUUUUUUUUCUAAACACAUCUGACUAAAUGUGACUUGUUAAUUUAAGAAUGUGACUGACAUUUAUAAAGAUGUACGUAUUAAAACUCUUACCAAAGUA